CCAGCCAAUCACCCCCAGUAAAUGUCGAUCUGUCCCUUAUCCAUAUCUAAGGUAGUAGACAGCUGGUGACAUCCUGAAAGAGAUCGCCGUCCGACAAACUGCUAUCAGCUAAUGACUACAUGGCCACACCAGCCAGAGGGAGGAGCCACGGCGUGCCUGGCUCUAUUCACACCAGCCAGAGGGAGGAGCCACGGCGUGCCUGGCUCUAUUCACACCAGCCAGAGGGAGGAGCCACGGCGUGCCUGGCUCUAUUCACACCAGCCAGAGGGAGGAGCCACGGCGUGCCUGGCUCUAUUCACACCAGCCAGAGGGAGGAGCCACGUCGUGCCUGGCUCUAUUCACACCAGCCAGAGGGAGGAGCCACGGCGUGCCAGGCUCUAUUCACACCAGCCAGAGGGAGGAGCCACGGCGUGCCUGGCUCUAUUCACACCAGCCAGAGGGAGGAGCCACGGCGUGCCUGGCUCUAUUCACACCAGCCAGAGGGAGGAGCCACGGCGUGCCUGGCUCUAUUCACACCAGCCAGAGGGAGGAGCCACGGCGUGCCUGGCUCUAUUCACACCAGCCAGAGGGAGGAGCCACGUCGUGCCUGGCUCUAUUCACACCAGCCAGAGGGAGGAGCCGCGUCGUGCCUGGCUCUAUUCACACCAGCCAGAGGGAGGAGCCGCGGCGUGCCUGGCUCUAUUCACACCAGCCAGAGGGAGGAGCCGCGGCGUGCCUGGCUCUAUUCACACCAGCCAGAGGGAGGAGCCACGGCGUGCCUGGCUCUAUUCACACCAGCCAGAGGGAGGAGCCACGGCGUGCCUGGCUCUAUUCACACCAGCCAGAGGGAGGAGCCACGGCGUGCCUGGCUCUAUUCACACCAGCCAGAGGGAGGAGCCACGGCGUGCCUGGCUCUAUUCACACCAGAGGGCCUCCCUACACAGAGACCCCACCCACAAAGACCACUCUCAUACGCUUAUUAUCAACACCCUUCAUUGUUUGUGCUGCCUGAUAAUAGCUAUCAAAGCCUCUCCAUAUCAGCAAUGACCUUCUGUCCGUGAUGUAUGGGAGGCCACUGUGUAUCCUCUCUCCGAUUCAGAUCCGUUUCCCCAAAGUGCUGAAGGACUUGGCUUUGAGCUCUGUCUGUUCUCCCUAUAUAAUACGAUUUGGUGUUCUUUCUCACGUUUCAGAGAAUAAGUGUUCUGUGUUCAUUAAUACAGUGUGAUUGUAAUUACGCAUCAGAAUGGUCUGGCCCUCAGGGGCUCAUCUGGGUCCCUCUAUUUCCAUAUUGUUUAUUAGUGGCUUUGUACAUUAGCUGCAUGGGUUUGCCGUUGGCAUUCCAAACCACGGGCACUGCGCACCGAUAUUGUUGUCUUAUUAAUUACAUUGCGGGGGUGUAAUACAAAUCUCCAGAUACGGCAGGCUCAUGGUCUUCAGCGCAGUGCUUUAUUAUGUGAAGAAACGUUAGCCUUAAUUAAACUACACACUUUUAUUAGCGUUCCUGUAACGUUCUCUGUCAGUGUGAAUGCCUAAUGAUGGUGGUUGGUAUUC